AGGCUCGAAGCCGGCGAGCGUUACGCCCAUCCGUCGAUUCCCGUUCCUUUGGUGCUGCGUCCCUAGGGUUUCUUUCUCUCUUCUUCUUCCAUCGCCCGCUCGCCUCGCCAUAGCUAGGGCUCGCCGAUCUCUCCUCUCCCCCGGCGCAUCCUGGCGCGACCGAUCUCCUCGCCUUGUCGUGGCGCGAAUUGGCGCGAUGCAGCAGCAUUUCGACCGCGGUAUGCCGGCCGUAUGAUCGUCACUCUUCCUUGUUCGUUCCGGGCAUUCUUGGGGGGCUACAUUUGUCCCACAGCGUGUUGAAUCCCCGCUCGGCAAAUUUUGGAAGCAUCACGAAUCCAAAUCCAGAGCAAGCAACAAAGCUGGUUUUUAUAUUCGAGAAUUUCUUCUUUACUGGGAGCUGGAUCCAUCGUUGAGAGAAAAGAGAGAUGCUGGAAUCCACUCGGGCAGCGGCAUUAGCGAGCAGAAUGGACUCUCCUCCCCGAGCUUGUAAGUGUUAAAUUCCCCAUGGCUCAAAAGGUAGAUCCUCCCGGUGGCAUUGCUCAUCCCGGCAAGCACUACUACAUGCUCUGGCGCAGCUUGUUCGAGAUAGAUCAGAGGUAUGCGCCGAUCAAGCCGAUUGGCAAGGGAGCUUACGGCGUUGUGUGCUCGGCCACAAACUCCGAGUCUGGCGAGAAGGUGGCGAUCAAAAAGAUUACCAACGCGUUCGAGAACACCACGGACGCGCGGAGGACUCUGCGAGAGAUCCGGCUUCUCCGCCAUCUUUACCACGAGAACAUAAUUGGGAUCAAGGACAUCAUGAAGCCGGUGGGAAGAUCGUCAUUCAACGAUGUCUAUCUCGUCUACGAGCUCAUGGACACGGAUCUACACCAGAUCAUCAGAUCCUCGCAGGCAUUGACGGAUGAUCACUGCCAAUACUUCAUCUAUCAGCUGCUACGAGGACUGAAGUAUGUCCACUCGGCUAAUGUUCUUCACCGGGAUCUCAAGCCCAGCAAUCUCCUCCUGAACGCGAGCUGCGAUCUCAAGAUCUGUGACUUCGGCCUGGCGAGAACUGGCAGUGACAAGGGCCAGUUCAUGACCGAGUACGUUGUCACGCGGUGGUACCGAGCUCCGGAGCUCCUGCUCUCGUGCGAAGAGUACACGAGCGCGAUCGAUAUGUGGUCAGUGGGCUGCAUCUUUGCGGAGCUGCUGGGCCGGAAGCCAAUCUUCCCGGGCAAGGACUACAUCCACCAGCUCAAGCUCAUCAUCAACACAAUUGGAUCGCCCGAGGAGGACGACCUGCAGUUCAUCCUGAGCAACAAGGCCAGGAGCUACAUCCGCUCGCUGCCGUUUGCUCCAAAGAUCCCGCUGGAGCGCCUCUAUCCGAGAGCCAAUCCACUGGCGCUCAACCUCAUCGACCAGAUGCUCGUGUUUGAUCCGAAGAAGCGGCUCACGGUCACAGACGCGCUGGAGCAUCCGUAUCUCUCGAUGCUCCACGACGCGGCGCUGGAGCCAUCGGCAUCCGCGGCGUUUGAGUUUGAUUUCGAGGAUGAGGAGCUCCGAGAGGACGCGCUAAGAGAGAAAGUAUGGAACGAGAUGUGUUACUACCACCCAGAGGCUACCAAUGAGUAUAGCUAAAAGAACAAAGAGAAAUAGAAAACAUCAAGAACUUCCAGGUCUCAAGA